ACUACAAUUAAAAAAGAAGAAUUAACUGUAUUGUUCUAUACUUUAUCUAUGGUUUGUAGAAUAAAUUAUUUUUAAUAAAAAUAAAUUAUUUGUACUAAUUUUUAUUGAUCGGAGAAUAAAUUACAGUAUUUGUUUGAUUUAAAUGUCAGUUUUUACAUAAAAUCUAUUCCACUACCAAAAACUGAAAACUAUCUCUUUUUAUUGGCAGAGCAUACACGGUCAAUAAUACUGACAGUAUCGAAAAAUAUUGUCAGUAAUACUGAUCGUGUAAUCCGAGGUAUUGAAGUACUGAAGAGGGUACUGAAGAUUGAUGCUUCAAUCCAUUCAUUCCUCAGUUCUGGUCGCCGAGUAGUGGGGAUACUGACAGUAAUAAUGACCGUGUGGCCGGGUUUGCUUCAUUCUUCAGUAAUGAGGCGGGUUUAGGUUGUGAAAACACGUGCCAUCUAAUUGAUGAAAUCUUGGAGUUCGACGUUGGUUUGCUUUUUGUAGAGUUGCCGUUUAUUUUCUCUGAAAACGUGAAGCCUGCUUAUUUUCUUACGAAUUUAAGUUAAAUUACGUUAUUUAAAUUAAGUUAAAUUAAGUUUAAUUACGAUAAAUUUAUCUUCCUCAGUUAUUAAAUUGUGCAAAAACUCGUGCAUCCAAAAUGGAGGAUAAUAUGGACGAAGAUCUUAAAUUAUUUAUUCAUACUUUUGAAUCCAUGCCCGAAUUGUGGAGCUCCACAGAUCCAAAUUACAUGAAAAAAAAUAAAAGGAUGGAAGCCUUAAAUAAAUUAUUGCCUUUGUACAAAAAAAUAAAACCUAACGCGGAAAUUUCCGAUGUCAGGAAAAAAAUAAAUACAUUAAGAUCAAAUUUUCGAAAAGAACUUAAGAAAAUUGAAUCUUCGAAAAGGUCUGGAUGUGGUACCGAAGACAUUUACACUCCGUCGUCAUGGGUAUUUUAUGCUCUUCAAUUUCUUGAUAAAAUCGAGCAGCCAUUCGAAACCCACUCGUCGAUUGAUGUGGAAAACGAGGAAGAGGAACAGGCUCAAGAAACUACAAACAUAAUUCCAGAGGACGAUGUUAUCACUCAGCCUUCGACUUCAAUAAAUUACAACAGAAAAUCCAAAAAACAAAAAAAAUGUAAUAAACAAUCAGAUUUGCUGAAUUUAGCGUGUGAGUACCUGACCAAGGAAAAAGAAGGAGAUUACAAUCUUAACUUAGCGAAAGUUUGGGCUACAAAAUUGCAAAAUUUGGAUGCGUCCCAAAAAAUACUUGCCGAAAAGGCCAUAAACGACAUUUUAUUUGAGGCUACAAUGGGGAAUCUGCAUCACAACUCCGUUAAAAUCAACGAGCCGCAAUCUUCCUGCCUCCAUUCAUCAAAUCCUUCCCAAAUACUGAACGGAACCCUUCCUAGUCCAGUCCAUGUCCCUUCUACCACCACCACUUCCCCCCAAAAAAUUAUGAUUUUAAACAAUAAUAACAAUUAUGAUCCAAUCGAUGAUAACGGCAUUUCAUCAAAAAAUAACUUGAAGGACUACUAUCAUACAUUUUCUGAAUAAAAUAAAAUUUUGUAAAGUGUAUAAAUGCCUAUACAUACUAAUAAAAUAUUUUACUAA